GAAGACACAGUCAGACAAAACCAGCUUGAUAAAUCAAUUUGUGAUCACAGUUGGAACAAGGGACCCAAACUGACCAAAAGGAUCACAGCAAAAAAUAAGGGGAAGUUUUUCCAAAGUAGGCAUUGCUCAGAGACUGGCUGGCCAUCCAUCUGCUUGGCUGUGCAUGAUUUUCAUUCCAGAGCGGCCUGAAACCAGCACGCUGCCAUUGCCUACACUUGGCCCAGGCUCUCUAAGGGACACAGUGUUUUUACCAUUUUAACUCAGAUCAAACACUGCUGAGUUUCUGCUCUGCAACAGCCAGGACAGCAGACCAAAACACCAUGGGAAAUGAUACAACAGACUUCACGGAUUUGGCAUAUACAACAGAAUUUGACUAUGGCGAUUCGACGCCUUGUUCUGGAACUGAGGAAAAACACUUUGCAGCAAAACUUUUGCCACCACUUUAUUCUUUAGUGGUGAUAUUUGGCCUGACAGGCAACAUGCUUGUUAUCCUUAUCCUGGUAAAAUACAAGAGGCUGAAGAGUAUGACUGACAUCUACCUGCUCAACUUGGCAAUUUCCGAUCUGCUGUUUGUAUUUUCUCUCCCUUUUUGGGCUUAUUACGCAGUUCACGACUGGAUUUUUGGGGAGGCGCUGUGUCGAAUUCUCUCAGGUGUUUACCUGCUUGGCUUCUACAGUGGCAUCUUUUUCAUAAUCCUGUUGACCCUGGACAGGUACCUGGCCAUAGUGCACGCAGUGUUUGCUUUAAAGGCCAGGACAGUUACCUAUGGCAUCCUCACCAGCACCAUCACUUGGGCUGUUGCUGUUUCAGCUUCUGUUCCUGGCAUGGUCUUUCAAAAAACUCAGAAGGAAGGUUUACAUUAUACUUGCAGUGCUCAUUAUCCAAGUGAUUCCACAAUAAAUUGGAAGUACUCCUUUAUUUUAAAGAUGAACAUUCUGGGACUUAUUGUUCCAAUGCUCAUUAUGAUCUUCAGUUACUCACAAAUACUUAAAAUGUUAUUGAGAUCUAAGAAUGAGAAAAAACAGAAGGCAGUCAGACUUAUUUUUGUCAUCAUGAUCUUUUACUUCAUCUUCUGGACACCAUUUCAUAUUUCUUCUUUUUUGCAUACAUUUCAAGGUUCACUUUUCACUCCAAGUUGUGAUAUCAAAGGCCAACUGGAGAAGGCAAUCCAAGUGACAGAGACAAUAUCAAUGAUCCACUGCUGUAUCAAUCCUGUGAUCUAUGCGUUUGUUGGAGAAAAAUUUAGGAAAUAUCUUCUUACCUUUUUCCGAAAGCAUGUUGCAGCUCACCUUUGCAAAAAGUGUCCAAGUCUUUAUCAUGAAAAAUUAGAAAGAGCCAGUUCCACGUUCACAGCAUCCACUGCAGAGCAUGACAUCUCUACUGGACUGUAAAAUUGCAUCAGAACAUUACUUAGUUAAUGUUGCACCACUUGUUUUGCCCUAACGACUGCCUGACAUUAUUUAAGAUCUUUAUGUCAACCACUACUGAAAACUGUAUGACCCUCAAUUCUUGUGGUUAACUGUUCCCUGGGAUUACAGCAUUUUCUUUUGCUAAACUAAGAGAAUCAAUGAACCCUCCAGGAAAUAUUAAUAGCAUAGCUGUAGCACAUCAAGAUUUAAAUGGGACCCAGAAUAGUAGGCUCCUGUUUCUUUACAAAAAUUCUAUGCAGUGAGAUUUAUCAAUAUUGAAAAGAGUAAGGAGUAAUAGGUCAUCUCAUAAGAUCCACUUCUGUUACGUUAACAUUGUAAGAUAAACACUUGGAGGAAGCUUUGGGAAUUGAUCUAGCUGUUCAGUAUUCAACAUUAGUGAAGUACCUUUUGAAACUGUCUGUAUUCUUUCUGCUACAUGAUCAGCCAUUUGAUAAGGAGAGGCUUUUGGUUUUCUUCGUUUUCCCCUCCUACCCCUCAUUUUCCCCAUGUGAAUAAAAGGUGUUUAACUAAAAAGGAAUUCAAGGAUUAAUAUGAGUUAUAUAUCAAGACAAUAUCUCUCCUGUGAUGGGAGAGUUGACUGACCUCUAUCUUACUGGGACCAUUUAACCCAAGGGUUUAUCAAUUAGGUAAUAUUGUAGUCAUUUUUGAACAUGGUUAAGUUAUAGUAUUUUGAUUUUAGUUUUUUAAUUUUAUGUCUACCCUAUCACUGUUCUGUUACUGACAUUUUCCAAGAUCUGCAAGGCCAGAAUGAAAAUUAACUCAGCAUUUGCUAUGCAAGAUUCUGUAUGAACAAAAUAUCAUGGAAAUCUGAAGGAUUUUGUGGAGACUAUGAGCACAGUACUGAGAGGAGGCUUUCCUAGUUCUGGACAGAUAAAUCAUGUGUGUGGAAAAGUUUAUGCGGCUACACGCGACACAAGUGUGUCAGGUUAAGCUUCUGUAUGAGAGAAACAUGCUCUUCAGGCACACAGUAAGUCUGAUGUUUGGGAUACACUUCCAGGAAGACAGUAGCCUCGGAACUGCAAAAAUAGCCAACUCCAGAGGAGUCAUACUUGUUCUGUCUUCCCAGGAGAUUGAAGACUCGAGACCUUUAUGCUGUGUGUUGUCCUAUGGCCAUACACUUAUUCCAUUAUUAGGAGUUUCCCUGUAAAAGAAAGUGGUAUUCUAGGGAUGUGGUGCUAACAACUAAGAGGAAGGAGGGGCAUAGCACAGAGUUUCUUACUUCAAACUGUACGGAAGUGCAGGUGAGCACUCCUUAUGCAAGUGAGCUCUCCUUCCCUGUUUCUCCCCAUUUAUUUCAAAGGGCACUGCUCGUGCAUGUAAGGACUAGUUUAUGGAAAUCUGAAGGGCAGGUUCAACCAACCUCCAGCAAGGUAAGGGCACCAGAGGGGAUUCCACACUACUUAACAUCAGGCAUCUGAUGCAGAUAUCUAAAUUACAGCACAUCUCUUCAAGUUGCCAGUAGAGAAUAAGAAGUGCCCAGGGCAGAAGUAGACAUAGGAUUUAAAUAGUCUCAAGGGAAGAUUACCUGUCCAGUUGUAGAAGGACCUGGAAAUGUCAGCCUCUUAAUUUAGGUAUCACCUAAAUUAAUGCCUAAAUUAAGGUAUAGAUUAUGCCUUAAUCUAUGUGGUGCAAAUACUCUUCCCCCUCUAGCCUUAUAAUGCCUAGGCAUGUUUCUAUUAGUUGUUAUGUAGCUGUUAUCUUAUUAGCUGUUAUUACCUGGCCACUACCUUAUGUGGUUUAUAGCCACAGAUGGACUAAACAAAAGACCAAAAUCUAUCCUCACAGUAAACUUCCUUGCUUGGAAAUAAUAUUUUUCUCUUAUUUUGUACUUCUUACUGAAACAAAGUGAAAGCACCUUUUUAAUAUUAAAGAAUAAAUUAGUUUAGUGCGAUACAAACCUUGCUGUAACUGUGAUAUUACUACUGCUGUGUUCUAUUUUAAAUCCUUAUCUUUUUGGAAUUAAGUUACUUCCUGUUUCCAUGU